AUGAGCCAGCCUCGGAGCAAAGCCCGGCCGAAGCGGACAGGAGACGGCCCUUGCGCUGAGGACGGACCACCGCCACCCUUCCGUAGCUGGCAGGCUCCUCCAGAUGGACUUUUUGACGUAAUUGUGCGAACGCUGACCGCAAAGCAGUUUGUUGUCGUACAACUGGUUUGCAAAGACUGGAGCCGUUCCGCACGUUACUGCCUGAAAGAUGCAACGCCCAAGCGGCCCGACGUCGACCUCAGCAAGCUCGCAACGCUCUAUCCGAAUUUAACGCAGCUGAACCUGUCGCACGUCGAGGGCCUCUCCACGCGUAUGCUGGCCCCCUUGCGCCAGCUCACGGCGCUCCGGGAGCUGUGCCUCUCUAACAUCGCCCUAAAGCACAACCACCACGACACCACGAACGCUGGAGCAAGGGAUGUUGUCGAGGGGGAGGCCGCUGCGGCCACAGCUGCAGCCGCCGCAGGCAAGGGAAGAGCCGGAGGGCCUGGCACGGCCAGGGCUGUAUCGGACCAGCGCACCCCGCAUUUACUCCCGCAACGCCACACGCGUUCAAGAGCGCGGGGGGGAAUGCAGACAGGGCAUGGCGGGAGUGGCGCCCGGUCACCAGGCCAGUCGCCGACGGGUACAGGACAAAAGCUGCCUGCUACUGCAGGACCAAGCAGCACCAGGGCCGCGGGCUCGGCGGGGGACGGCGAGGCCACGGGUGGCUCUCCCUCCGUCUGCGAUUCACCGCCGACGCCGCAGCAACGCAAACCCCAGGAUACAACCGGAUGCGACGUCGGGGGUCUGCAGGACGCGGCUGCUGGUACGUCACCUCCCGUCCAGGCGGGAGGCGCUGGUGUUGGCGGCUGCGUUGGUACUGGCAGGGCCUCCGGAGCGGCAGGGGGGUCGGGAGCAGCAGCUUCACCAGGUUCGUCACCGCCGCUGUCGCCCGCGUCGCGAAUCUUUGGCGGACUUGGCGACGUGUUGCAGCGGCUCAACAAGCUUCAGGCGGACCUUUGUCCCGCCCUGACCGCCGACGCGAUCGCCUGUUUGCCCAACCUGACGGACCUCACGUUGGACACGCUGGUUGCCCCUGAGGCCCUGGCGCCACUUGGAAGGCUGCGCUGCCUCGCUGUCAAGAAGCUCGCCAAUCCGGAGGCCCUUGAGCGGCUUUCUGGCCUGACUGCCCUCCUGGUGAACAGCGACAGCAGCUGCGCGUCCGAGUUCCUGCCCGUCUGCACCCGACUGCCUGAGUUGCAGUCCCUCACCUUUAAGACGAGCAGCACCAAGGUGCUCCAGCAACCAGACACGCUGUGUUGGCAGGGCUUCAGCAGACUGUCCUCCCUGGACCUCCGUGCCCCCGCCGAGUGCCUCAAGCCCGGCCUGCCCGCGCUGGCUGAGCUCGCUGUUCUGCGCAGCCUGUCACUGGACCUGUAUUGCGCCUCAGACGAGGAGCUCAUGGUGACGGUGGUAGCGCCACCCAACCUGGACUCGCUCUUCGUGUCCAGUGACCGAAGCAGGUCCGGCGGUGUGAUUGACGUGCACCCGAAUCCGGGCCUACGCUCCCUGCGCAUCCGCCUAUACUGGACGGCGCUCAACUUGGUACUGCCCGAGGGCGUCCCGGAGCCAUCACCUCUGCCGGAGCCGCUGUCCGACGAUCUGGAUCUCGGGCCGCUUGGGUCCAACGACAACCUACACAGUCCUAGAUCCAAUUCAUUGCGUGUCGGCGGCGCCGCAGCCGCUGGCACCGCGCUGGCAAGCCCUCCUGAAGCGGGAUGGCGAGCGGCCGCACGUGUGCGAGACGUUGCCGGCGCAGCAGCAGCAGCCGCUGCUGCAGGCACUGCUGUAGGACCACCAGCCGCGGACGUGGACACCGCCGGCGGCUCGCGUGAGUUGCAGCGUGGCGCAGAAGCGGAUCUAGGUCAGGGACGGCGCUUCGUACUUGCGCCUGCGGGUAUUGUGGAUGCGGACGUGACGACGGUGGACCGUCAGGAGCCCUGCGUCACAGCGGGGACGCCAGCGCCUGCAACGGAUGCCGGCGCUGGCAGGCCAUGUGGCCGGGGCCUGCGGCGGCGACGCGAUAUCGACGGCAGCCCGUCCCCCCUGGGCGGUGGCGCCAACGGCGGCGGCCAGGCCGCGGAGGGCGCCGGAGUAACAGCAGCUGGCGGCAGCAGGGGCGCCGGUGGCGUUGCUGCAUCUCCGGAACGAGGCCUCCGGAGGCGCAUCGUUGAAAACGACGGCGGCGGUGCAGCUGCUGCUGCCGUCGAGCCAUCAAGCGGCGGUCGCGGUGCGGCGGCGACGCUUAUCGCCGGGGACAGCAGCGAAAAUGAGAGCGGCGGCGGCAGCGACGGCGGUAGCAGUGAGGAGGAAGUGGGAUUCCGUGGUGCCCACAGCCCGUCGGGUUCCGGAGGCGGCGCCGCCGUCAUGGCGACCGCAGCGGCUAUUACUGGUAGCGCUGGGAAAUACGACGGUGCAGCAAACGCGGACUUUCGACGGCUGUCCAUGUUGGCUGAUGCAGCGGACGGUGGCGGCGCUGCCAACGCCGGGGGAGCGCACGCAAGCCGGCGUCAGGUUACGCCCCGCGUGAACCGACACGGAGCCGCGGACAGCGCAGCAGCCGUGGAAGGGCCGCCUCGCGUGGAUCGCCGCUGCAGCAGCGGCAGUGCGCACCGCGGCAGCGCCAGCGUUUCAACGCCUGUUUCUAGCGUCGGUGGCGCCAUGCACAGCAACUUGCCUGAGAUGGAGCUCCAGGAGCUCUGUUUGGACGCGUGCUUCUUCUUGCUGUAUGGCAGCUUGGUGCCGCUGCUGAGACAGUUUCCUCGCCUUCGCCAGCUAACGCUCGACAACUGCCUGGCGCUAGAAAAUGGCGAGCUGACGCAGCUGUGCGAGCUGUCAGGGCUUCGUGAGCUGUCCCUCAGCGGCCUGCACCUAGUCACCGAUGUGGGGCUGCGGGCUCUGGGCCGCCUGCCAAAUCUAACGUCGCUACGGGUCAAGGGCCUGCGGAAGCUGUCGGUGCAUGCGGCACAGGCGUACAUGAGGCAGAAGCCCAUUGUGCGGCGCUACGAGGAGAUCUCCGGGACUUUCCUGACCUCGCUGUCGGGUCUUCACGAGUUGCGCUCUCUAACGCUCAAGCAUCUUCACACCGCCGGGGAAGGCGCCCUGGCAGCUGGCCUUGGCGCCCUCACGCAGCUCACUCGCUUUGAGAUUAAGGAUGUUCAUUCCAUGAGCGAUAAGGUGCUGCUGGCGCUCACAGGCCACACGGGCCUGCAGGACCUGUCCGUGCUGCACUGCGAGGCUGUCACCUCUCGGGGCCGCAACGCGAUUGUGCGGGCCCUGGGUCAGCGUGUGGCACUGGACUUUGAGGGCUGCAGCCUGCCGGACAUCACGCGCCCCUGCGCCCUGCCUACCGCCAGCACCCAGGCGCAGCUCAUAGACGACGAUCAAGUCAGCUCGUCUAACCAGCCGCGAAGAUCCUACCAGCACAGCAAUCAGCACUGA